ACUUUCCUUUUGCAACACACMCAUUUCUCUCUGUUCUUAGGAACUGUCAGGUCAGAGCAGCACAGAAAACACCAAAAUGGAGGUGGCCGCACACAGCCCUGGGGGACAGCACAGCCCUGAGCAAAGGUCUUUCCGUGAGAGGCAGAAGUAUUUUGAGAUCGAGGUGAAGCAGCAGCACCUGGACAAGCCUCCCAAGCGUGUGUCCCUGGUGGGGGAGGAUGACCUGAAGAAGAUGAAGGAGGAGGAAGCCCGCAAGCUGCAGCAGCAGAGAGCCCUUCUGCUGGAGGAGGAAGCUGAGGAGGAGGAGGAGGUGAGGCAGGGGCCUGAGCUGCAGUCCAGCAUCAUCAUCGAGGGCGUGGAGUACAAGGUGGAGAGGCUGAAUGGAAGGAGCAGCCAGGCUCCAGCAGCUCGGCCCUUGGAGCUCAGCGAGAACAGCAGCUCACAGAGGAAUUCCCUGGAGGAGGGGAUCAGGUCUGAACAGAGAACCAACUCCAUAUCUGGGCUGACCCCGUCCCCGCUCCCUCCAGCCGAUCCCGCAGCCCCGGUGCAGGCUGAGCUGUGAAUCACCCACCACACUCCCAAUUCCCAUUUUUCUCCCCUCCAGG